AUGACAAAUAUCUGCGCGAACAACAAUGAAGAUUCUGUAACAAAUCGACUACUUACAGUUUUAGAAAGUCAACUCCGUAUUCAUGGAAAAUCAUUGUUUGAUUUCCCAGGAAUGCCACAUCCAACCGAGGAAAAUCCUUCAGAUAUGACAUAUGAACCAAACUUCUGCCCUGCUGAGCAAAAACAAAUAGCUGACAUGAAUGUGUUGAUGCUUAACACAGAUCAACGUAAAGUUUUUCAAGCAAUCCUGGAUGCUAUCCAGACUGAAACUAAACAAAAAAUAUUCUUUGUUGAUGGCCCUGGAGGAUCAGGGAAGACCUUUUUAUACAAUACUUUAUUAGCACGUGUCCGAUCGGAACAUAGGGUUGCCCUGGCUGUGGCAUCAUCUGGCAUUGCAGCCGAGUUAUUGAGUGGAGGGAGGACAGCUCAUUCCACAUUUAAAAUACCUAUCCCAAUACUAGCAACAAGUACAUGUAAUAUAAGCAAGCAAAGUAUAUUAGCAGAAUCAAUCCGUACCGCAUCAAUUAUUAUUUGGGACGAGGCUCCAAUGGUCCAUAAACAUGUUAUUGAGUGUGUUCACAGAACUUUCUGUGAUAUAAUGGAAUGUAAUGAUCCAUUUGGAGGCAAAAUUGUUAUGUUAGGCGGUGACUUUAGACAGAUUCUUCCGGUUAUAAGGCAUGGGAGGCAAGCCGACAUUGUCGAAAGUAACCUAAAGAGGUCAUUCUUAUGGCAGAAUAUACAAACAUUGCAUUUAACUAUCAAUAUGCGUGUUCGCACAAAUAAUUCAUUUUCUGAUGAAGCAUUUGAAAAAUUUCUUCUUCGUAUAGGCAAUGGAACACAGCAAAUUUUGGAUGAUGGACAAUCUACCAUUGAGUUACCAAGAUAUAUAUGUAUUGAGCCAAAUAAUAAUGGACUCCAAAAAUUGAUAGAUAGUGUAUAUCCAAAUUUGAAAACGGUAGAUCCUGAUAAUAGUUAUUUGGGAAGAGCAAUAUUAACUACCAAAAAUGAAAAUGUGGACAAAAUUAACACCUUAGUCAUGUAUCAAUUUCCUGCUACACCAUCAAACACCAAAAUUUAUCUCAGUGCUGAUGCAGUUGCAGAUGAAGACCAGCAAAGUCAUUAUCCAACUGAAUUUCUGAAUUCGUUAACACCUUCUGGAACACCUCCACACAAAUUGUACUUAAAGAAAAAAGCGCCCAUAAUACUUUUGCGCAAUUUAAAUCCUACAGAGGGAUUACUUAAUGGAACACGACUAUGUGUGCUUAACUUAGGCACCAGAAUUAUAGAGGCUAAAAUUCUAACUGGACAACAUUCUGGCAAUACUGUAUUUUUACCAAGGAUUACAAUCAUUCCAUCUGAUCCUGGACUUCCCUUUGACCUAAAACGCCGGCAAUUUCCUAUUAGACCAGCCUUUGGAAUUACAAUUAAUAAGUCUCAGGGACAAACAUUAGAUCAUAUUGGUUUAGACCUCACAGAGCCAGUUUUCUCACAUGGACAAUUAUAUGUAGCCCUAUCUAGAGUCCGCUCUUUUCGUUCAUUAACAAUACUUCCUAACAAAGAUUCCUUCGUCAAUGAGAAAUACACAACACAAAAUAUAGUGUACAAGGAAGUUUUAAAUUAA